AUGCAACCACCUAAGCAGACACCGUCGACACCGCCAACGCCCAAUGGCUUGUCCAAUGAAUCCGCCGCCGCCAUCGCAGCGGAGACUGUUGGCUCUCCUCCACUCAAGCAAAAGGACUCUUCCUUCUUCUCCAGUCUCAAGCGAACACUCUCCGCCAAUUCCCAAACCGGUGGCAUUCCCAAGAUGCCCGGCCAAGGUGCUCCGUGUGCGCGUCGGGUGCUCAACAUCGAUCCGAACCGCGAAAGGUGCAAUGUUCCGGAGAUGGAUUCCAGUCGACUGCGACGUGUCUCGUUCUGCGUCGACGUCGAGAUCGCAGGCGGACCCAAGUAUGCGGACGAGGACGACGAGGACGACAAGAAGUCGAAGAAGAAGGAUUUCAAGGCAAAGGAGAGGGCAGAGGGGGAGGCUCUGAAGCACCCAGAAGCGAUCAAAGAGGAGAAAGAGAAAGAAUGCGAGGCGGUGAUGGAGAACAAGGUAGCCUCGAACGGGCUCGGCCCGCGGGAUUCGACCGAGGAUGUCAGUGGAUCGCCUGAUGCGGACGGUAACGAUGGCGAUAGGGACUCGGCGGCGCGAAAGAGAGAAAAGAAGAAGCAGUCGGAGAUUGAACGCAAAGAGCGCAAAGAGAAGCGAAGGCGAAGGGCGGAAGAGAGCGGCGCGAUACCUGUAGAAUUGCCUCUGGACGGAGACGCCGGCGUCUCUAAGGCUGCUGCACCGGCCAAUGGAGCUGCGCCUAAAGGUGCUGCAAAUGGCACUGCGACCGCACCCAAAACUCCGACUCAACCACAGCCUCAUGCCAACUCCAAACAAGACCGACCAACCACCGAUCCCGUCCGAAUCUACAGAAGAUGCUGCCAACUGCGGGAAAGCCCCAUCUUGAAACGAAUUACUGAACAGCUUAUGAACCCGAAAUGUAUGCAGCCUGACGAGCCAGGUGUAGUGCACUGUUUGGAUCUCACCGGGUCACGACUGCAACUCGCAGACGUGGUGUCGCUAGGCGACUGGCUCGCGGUGGUCCCCGUCAAAGACCUCAAACUCGAGGACGCCGACUUGAGCGACGAAGGUGUUCGCUGCAUUCUCGCUGGACUCCUUGCGGCAAAGCGACCAGGACCCACGAAGCGCAAGAGCUUGACUCCCCGCCAUCGAGAGGGAAUCCCAUUCGAGCCUUAUCAGGAGCGCUCUGGUGUCAUCGAGAAGAUCACGCUAAAGAACAACCCCCGGUUGACGCGCGUGGGAUGGAAGCAUAUCAGUCUAUUCCUCUACAUGUGUCGCUCACUGCGAGCCAUCGACUUGUCGAUGAACUUCUUCCCGGAGACUCUCCCGCCGAGCGCGCAAGUUACGCCGAUUAAGAGUUCUCAGAACAAUGCGCCGAAUGGUAAGCCCGAGGAGCUAGACGCCGCAGAAGCGCUAUAUCAAUGCCUGAGUGAGCGGCUUGGCGGGCAGAAACUCGAGGAGCUCAUCAUGUCGGAAUGCGGCCUCAGCUCGGCUCAGAUUCGCAAAGUCGUGGACGGCGUGAUGGCCGUCCAAGUCAAACGGCUUGGGCUCGCUGGCAACCACCUGGACGAUGAAGGCCUUGAGUACGUUCUGGAGUAUGUGCGCUCCGGAAUGUGUCAAGCGCUCGAUUUGGGUGCGAACGACCUCCGCGGCAAGCUUGGCUUGAUCGGCGAGGCGAUUGUCGCCACCGUCCGCGAGGAUCGCCCUUGUUGGGGUCUGUGCCUGGCCGGCUGCAACCUCGACACGGCAUCGCUGAAGCCCCUGCUUGCGCAAUUGGUCAAGCUGCCGUCGUUCAAGUUCAUGGAUCUCAGUCACAAUCCCAACCUAGGCAGUGACGAUGACAGCUUGAUGCCCCUGCUAGGCCGAUACCUCGGCCAACUACCCGAAUUCAAGCGCCUUCAUCUUACGGACGUCAAUAUGAGCCCCUCGCAGGCCAUUUCGUUGGCGAACAUCCUGCCGGAAUGCCCGUUGGCGCAUCUGAAUAUCUUGGAAAAUCCCCAGCUCACUGCGCUGGCGAAUGCCACCACCGAAGCGGACCAAGAAGAGGCGUGCGCGCUUUACGCUAGUUUGAUGGCUGCUGUGAGGGUGUCGGGGACGUUGAUGUGUAUUGAUGUCGAUGUCCCAAGCGCAGAAAACAGCGACAUCGUCAAGGCGUUGGCAAAACAAGUCGUCGCCUAUUCCCUGCGCAACAUGGAGACCUUUGCCAUUUCCGAAGUGACGGGAGCCGCUCCGUCGAUGGCAAAUGCCACUGCUGCACUCACGGCGCAGCACGGUGGCGAAAAGGGUGUCAAAGAAUUCGCCGUCCCGGACGUUCUCAUGUCACUCGUCGGCCACGUCGAUGGCGUUCCAGAAAACCACGAUCACGAUGAUCCAGCACCAGACGAAGACUACAUUGUCGGCGGCACUGGUGUCGUGAAGGCUCUGCAAUACGUCCUCGGCGGAGAGAGGAUGACAUCGACAAUGUCGCCGACCACCACGGGAGCGAACACACCCACUCGGCCCACCUCUUCAGGCGGUUUGGUAGAGCCGGGCAAGGCGAAGAAGAUGAGCAAGAACUUGCUGUCCAGCGCGCGUAAGAUUCGGGACAGACUGCAGCCUGCGCUGAUGAAGGAAUCCGCGGCGGGCGGUGACGAAGUCCAGUACCGCCGACUCAUGUUCCUCGACCAGACGCUGCAAAACAUCAUCGAGCGCUUCGAGGAGGAAUACCCCGAGACACGCCUGGCGCCUCCCUCGCCCAAGCCCGCAGCGUCCGUUCGCUCCUCCUACACCGACCAAUCCACCGCGUCGGCGUCCGCCACCACUCAAGCCACGGACGUCGGCACCACGGGCUCCGAAGACGACGAAGAAGUCCUCUCGGGUGGCGAUGACGAAGACCGCUUCGACAACACCCACCUGCACCACACCUCGCGCCAAAACAGCGAAGUAAACAUCAUCUCGCGCCAGCAAACGCGCGAAGAAGGCCACCUGCACCGCCUUGGACAGAAACUGCGGCGCGACGUGCUGGAGACACCUACGUCCAUCGACUUCCAGGAUGUCCCCUGGCGCCGGCGCGAAGAAGACGAGCGUUUCCGCAAGGUGGCGGAGAAGAUUGAGGACCUCGAUGGCCGCGAGCUGCGCCAUUUGGUGACGACGAACGGGUGGGACGAGGCGAUCAAGAAGCUCGGCGCGAAUGUUGGCGAUUUGCGGCAUUUGCAGGAGGAGGAUCCCGAGGCGUGGGAGUUGUUUAAGGAGGCGCAGGAGAAGGCGAUUCUUAAUCGGACGGGGUCUGUUGCGGAGUGA